UUGGAAUUCUUAGAUCGUUCAGACAAACUUCAAGAUACCUGAAUAUGCGCCCUAAAUGCCGAUCUGAUUUUGCUGUAGCCAUAAUCUGCGCCCUGCCUAUCGAGGCUGACGCGGUUGAGGCUCUUUUCGACGAAACCUACGACCGAUUGGGCAAGAUUUAUGGUAAACAGCCCGGGGACGCGAAUGCAUAUAUUAAUGGUAGGAUUGGGGAGCAUGAUAUUGUUCUGUGCUAUAUGCCGGGAAUGGGAAUCGGCAGCGCGGCCAGUGUGGCUUCGAGCCUACGAGUCAGCUACAAGGGAGUCCGACUUGCACUGGUGGUUGGCAUCUGUGGCGGAGCCCCCUACGCAUCAAGUGAUCAAAAUAUCUUUCUUGGCGAUGUCAUUGUGAGUGAUGCUGUGGUUGAAUAUGAUUUUGGCAGACAAUAUCCGGGUGGUUUCCAGCGUAAGACAGACGUCAAGGAGAUCCUGGGACGACCCGAUCGAGAAAUUCGGACCCUCCUGGCUGGCCUUAAAGGAAAGCAAACACGGAUAGAAUUUCAAGACCAGAUGUCCCAGCAUCUUUGUAUAAUUCAGCAAUCAGAUACACGAUGGCAGCACCCGAGGUGUGAGGAUAUCCUCUAUAAGGCUUCUUACCACCACAAGCACUACAGUCAAGGUUCAACUGUUAAUUGUUGUUGCUUUGAUGGUGGCAACCCUGAAAAUAUUUGCAGUGAGGCAUUAGACGAAAGUUGCAAGAAGCUAGGGUGUGAUGAGAAACAAGUCAGUCGUCGCCGGGAUGGCGCGGAAGCAGUCAAAGCGUCACUGCAUAUUGGGAAAGUGGCAUCUGCAAAUAGGGUGAUGAAGUCUGGAGAUCACCGCGACAAUAUAAUCAAAGCAGAGAGGGUUAUUGGUUUCGAAAUGGAGGGAGCUGGAGUGUGGGAUAAUAUUUCAUGUAUUAUCAUUAAGGGAGUGUGUGACUAUGCGGACAGCCACAAAAGUAAAACAUGGCAAGCUUAUGCAGCGGCAACAGGCGCUUCAGCUGCCAAAACAUUCUUAGAGUAUUGGUCACCUACUCACAGAGAAGAGAGAAAACGUCAUUGGAUAGUCCCAUUCAGGAAAAAUCCACAAUUUGUGGGCAGGCACGACGAGAUUGUCAAACUUGAAGAAUGGAUUACGCAACAGAAUGGACCGAGCAAGGUCGCUGUCUGUGGACUAGGAGGGGUUGGGAAGACUCAGGUGGCACUGGAGCUAGCCUACCGCAUCCGAGAAAGAGAUUCCGAAUGCUCAAUUUUCUGGGUCCCAUGUUUCAGCUAUGAAAGUGUCGAACAAGCUUACAUGAACAUCGCCCAGACACUGGGGAUCGAGGACAUGAAGCCAGCCGAGGCAAAAGACAGAGUGAAGGCAUAUCUCAGUCAUAAAGAUGCUGGGAAAUGGCUUCUUAUUUUUGAUAACGCUGAUGAUAUUGAGAUGUGGAUGCAGGGCAGUAAUACUAAUCCUGCACUUAAGGACUUCCCUCCUCAAAAUGAGCAAGGCCAUAUUAUUUUCACUACACGGAAUCGGAAGCUAGCAGUGAAACUUGUAUCUUCCUAUGUGAUAUCAAUCCCUGAUCAGGAUCAAGAUACUGCGAUGAAGAUUUUGGAAAAAUCCUUGCCUGAAAAUUACUUUCUAGGUCAAAAUGAUGCGGCAGCAAUACUUCUUGAACACCUUGCCUUUCUCCCGCUAGCUAUUACUCAGGCAGCAGCAUAUAUCAAUGAGAACACCAUGCAGCUGAAAGAUUACAUUGAUCUUCUCCAAGAACAGGAGGCUAGUGUGGUAGAGUUGCUAAGUAAGGAAUUUGAGGAUGAAGGGCGAUAUAAGGAUAUUCAGAAUCCAGUGGCUACCACAUGGUGGAUAUCAUUCCAGCAAAUUCAGCACCUCGAUACCUUAGCAAGUGAUUAUCUCUCACUUAUGGCUUGCAUUAAUCCACGCGAUAUCCCUCAGUCAUUUCUCCCGCAGCCAGCAUCUAAGUUGAAGAUGUAUGAUGCUGUCGGUCUUCUUAAGGCUUACUCAUUUGUUAGUGAACAGGCUGGGGAGGGUCUGCUAAGUCUUCAUCGACUUGUAUACCUUGCAACACGGAACUGGAUGAGGACAAAGAACCAGUUCACACAGAAGAUAUUGAAGGCAACAGACCGGUUGAAUGAAAUCUUCCCUGACAGCAGCCAUAGCAAUCGAAAGCUGUGGCAACAGUAUCUACCUCACGCGUUGCUGGUGUUAGGAGAGAGCGAGAUUCAUGAGCAACAGGAGAAAUAUGUUGACUUGCGUCAGAAUGUUGGGGCUUGCUUGUAUAGCGAUGGGAGAUAUAAUGAUGCAGAAGAGCUGCAGGUACAGGUGAUGGAGACUCAGAAGCAGGUGCUGGGGCCAGAGCAUCCUGACACUCUAACCAGCAUGGCCAACCUGGCAUCAACAUACUGGGAUCAAGGACGAUGGAAGGAAGCAGAAGAGCUAGAAGUACAAGUAAUAGAGACUUGCAAGCAGGUACUGGGACCAGAGCAUCCUAAUACUCUGAUCAGUAUAGCCAACCUGGCAUCAACAUACCGGAAUCAAGGACAAUGGAAAGAAGCAGAAGAGCUAGACAUGCAAGUAAUGGAGACUCGCAAGCAGGUGCUAGGGCCAGAGCAUCCUCACACCCUAACCAGCAUGGCCAACCUGACAUUAACAUACUGGGAUCAAGGACGAUGGAAGGAAGCAGAAGAGCUACAAGUACAAGCAAUGGAGACUCGCAAGCAGGUGCUGGGUCUAGAGCAUCCUAAUACUCUGAUCAGUAUAGCUAACCUGGCAUCAACAUACCGGAAUCAAGGACGAUGGAAGGAAGCAGAAGAGCUAGACAUGCAAGUAAUGGAGACUCGCAAGCAGGAAGCAGAAGAGCUAGACAUGCAAGUAAUGGAGACUCGCAAGCAGGUGCUAGGGCCAGAGCAUCCUCACACCCUAACCAGCAUGGCCAACCUGGCAUUAACAUACUGGGAUCAAGGACGAUGGAAGGAAGCAGAAGAGCUACAGGUGCAAGCAAUGGAGACUCAGAAGAAGAUACUAGGGCCAGAGCAUCCAGACAUUCUGACCAGCAUGCACAAUCUUGCCUUUACCUGGGAAUCCCUAGGAAAACUCAGCGAUGCCUUGAUGUUGAUGGAAAAGUGUGUUGAACUUCACACCAAACUGUUUGGUCCUGAUCAUCCGUAUACUUUAUCUUCCUCUAAGGCUCUUAGCGAAUGGCUACAAGCGAAGGACUCCGCACCAGCUAAGCUCCCACUAAUAGCGAAUGCAACUCAUGAUACCUAG